AUGUUGUGUAGUAUAGGACCAGUCAAUGGAAUGACCCACCUUCGUCAAGCCUUCGACCACGUCGCCCAGGCUCUCAAAACUCAGUCUAGCGUCAAGCCAGCCGCACCAUCGACCACAGAAGUUCCCAAGGUGAUUCACACAACGAUCAACAAGACCAUCAAACGCGGUGGUAAUGAUCUUGGUGGCUUCGUCGUCAAGGAUGAUGAUGACAACAUCUGGCAUGUCCCCAAAGGUGAAGAGUGCGUUCCCAUCGAGUACCCGAAGAAGGAUGAGAUCCCCGACAAACCCAAGGGCAAGGGUCUCCGAAAGCUAUGCGCUCUAGAAAAAGCCACUAUCUGGCCCCCUACUACCUCGGGCAAAGACAGUGACUGGGCAAUCAAGCUAGCUACUCACAUGAGAGGCAUCGGUACAGAUGUGCUCAACAAGCGUGUCAUGGCAGUACAGGAGCUACUGCUCUUGAUGUUCUCUAAUACUGGCGUCGAUAACGUCACUAGCACAGCACAGCACGCUCGCGACACUGCAGCCACACUCAAGUCGACCAUUGCACUUGGCCUCGACUCCAAGCAUACGCCCUCUGAGUUCCGUGCGCUCGCCAAUGGUAUCGAGUACCUCCAGAAGCGACGCAGUGCAGUCGCUGUUGCGCAAGUCGACUCGAUCACCGCCCAUGCCCAAGUCGCACACAUACUCGAGCAAUACGUGGACGAACUGGACACUCGUACCACUGCACUCUAUCAUGGUUACGAAGCCGCGACUGCUCAGCCUAAUCAUCGCUAUGGUUCCAAAGACAACAAAGAGUCCUACAGGCUCCACCUCGUCGAGAAGUCUGUAAAGGCGAUUUAUGAAGAGCACGUCGGUGGUCUUCGUAACCACCUCAGCGACAAGGUCUCAGGCUACCGGCGCUGCUUUCACUCAUUCCACUAUCUCUUCUUUGUGCUACAUCUUUCUGCUUCAACUUGUGUCUCUCAUCAAGGUAGGACAAACCACGAUGGUUAA